UUUGUACUUAGCGUAGACCGAGCUCCCUGCGUGCACCGCGCGCUGCCAGAAGCGCGAAGCAGAAGUAAGGAAAGGGGAAUUGAGGAGAGGAGAUUAAGUCGGUUCAAGAGUACGUGUCCAAGCUGGCCACCGCUUGGUAACAAGGUACAACUGACUGAUUUCCUAAAGCUGUCUCUCAGGAGGAUGUCUGAAGUACUGUAUCCCAGGACAAUACACCCGAAGGAAGAAGAAUUUAUCCCUCAGCUUCUGCAUCUUAUUGGUAAAAGAAGUCCCCCAGAAUCAGCAUGUCCGUGACUGAGGAGGCGAUUCUCGGAGGCCGUGGCAGCCAUCCUUCUGCUGGUGGCAGUUCUGUGUUAUGCUUUGGACAGUGUCAGUACACAGCAGAAGAGUAUCAGGCCAUCCAGAAAGCUCUGAGGCAAAGGCUGGGCCCAGAAUACAUCAGUAGCCGAAUGGCUGGAGGCGGCCAGAGGGUAUGUUACAUUGAGGGUCACAGGGUAAUUAAUCUGGCCAAUGAGAUGUUUGGUUACAAUGGCUGGGCACACUCUAUCACACAGCAGAAUGUGGAUUUUGUUGACCUUAACAAUGGCAAGUUCUACGUGGGAGUCUGUGCAUUUGUGAGAGUCCAGUUGAAGGACGGCUCAUAUCAUGAAGAUGUGGGCUAUGGGGUCAGUGAGGGCCUCAAGUCAAAAGCCUUGUCUUUGGAGAAGGCAAGGAAGGAGGCGGUGACAGAUGGGCUGAAGCGGGCGCUGAGAAGUUUUGGGAAUGCACUUGGAAAUUGUAUUCUGGACAAAGACUAUCUGAGGUCACUAAAUAAGCUUCCACGCCAGUUGCCUCUUGAAGUGGAUUUAACUAAAGCAAAGAGACAAGAUUUUGAACCCUCUGUGGAACAAGCAAGAUACAGCAGCUGCCGGCAGAACGUGACUCUGGGACCCCCAAAACCACAGGAGGUGAUCUCCCCUUGCAAACCAAGCCGCUCAGAUGAUCCCCACGUCGUGAAACAGGAAGACAAGGCUGGCAGCUCCCGAAGCCUGGCCUCCGCCAUGGAGAGCGAUGCCACGUACCAGCGGAAGCUCCGGCAAAAACAGUUGCAGCAGCAGUUCCGGGAACAAAUGGAGAAACAGCAAGUGCAACUAUCUGCUCCAUCAGUGGAAAAGAAGAAUCAGGCAGCACCGCCAGCACUUCCUGUGAAGCACAGCACCCCCAUAACUGUUUCUGAACCACACACGGAGAAAGACUUCCUCACAGACAGUCUUGGAAUGUGGGAUAUGGAUCCAGAUGCAGAGGACAGUGAUGUGAAGCCCUUGUCUAGGCCAGAACCACUCCAGACCCCUGCCACACCAGUCCUGAAACACCAGGUGGUGACCUGGAAUAGGACCCCACAGGACCUCUGUCACCAGGAUCCACAAGCAAAAUCUGGACCCAGGCAACUCCAAACUCACAACAGUAACCAAGAGAUAACAGUAAACUGUGGUUUCUAUGACAAGAACCAAGACUUGAAGAAAAGGAAACUGGAUCCAUCUUAACUGAGGCUCCGGUCACAUCAUUGGACUUUGUCACAAAAGGGACUUUCGAAAACUACUUUUUGGUCAUGAAAUUGUUCAUCAUUCCUAGGGAAUGAGCUUUAUUUCCAAGGAUUUACCUUGCUUCAUUCUGAACUUUACCUGAGGAUUUGAGUGUUGGAGCCUACUGCAGACAGAGCAGAGCAGUCAGAAAGCCCUUUUAAAAAGCUUGUCACACACUGCAGUGGGGAGGCUCUACGACUGAACACCUUCUCUCUGGCUCUUGAGGCUCUUCUCUAUUUAUUCCUAAGCUCUUACAUUAGUAAGUAUAGGCAUUUCAGGAGUCAUCAGUGGCUACCUGCCUUCAAGCAGUAUAAGCCAUACUAUGAAGCACGGACUUUAACCACAACCUAUAUCAAGUUAUUGUUAAUGUCUGUCUUCUUUGAACUUUAGGUCUCCACAUUUACUGCUGUCCACACCACACUGUGUAUCCUAAGAACAAAGACUAGAGUGGGGUUUCGCUACUUUGCAUCAAUCCAGCCUGCCAUCUUCAUCUAUGAUAAUCUCUCCUUUAUAGGUUUAUGAAGUCACUGUCCUGUGGUUUUUUUCCUUAUCAAGGGAAUGAUCUAGGACCAAAGAAAAGGCAUUUUAAGAAAGUAAAAUAAAUUCUUUUUAACAAAAAAUGUAA